AUGGCUCGACCAAUUAGACCGGCACCUGCGCCGUCUAAUCCAUCGACCCCAAUAUCAAACUCAACAACAAAUCCACAAAGGUCCAGUUCAAAUCCUCGAACAUCAGCUCGUGUACGACCUUCUGCUGGCACGCCAUCUGCUUCCACAUCAUGCACUCCUGGUCCAUCAACACCAUAUGAAUUGGGUCUAUCAGGAAAGGGAAAACCUGCUUGUAGUGUAGAAGCCAAAGCGCAUGGACUGAGAAGUGUAGGAGGUGCGAGUGAGAGAACACCUUGUCCUUUUCCUGCACAAUGGGGCGGAAGGGAUAAAUGUGGGAUAACGGAGGAAGAUGAGAACGAUGAUGUGCUCAUGAGUAUUCUUGGUUCAAUUGCUUCUUACGAAAACCGAGCAUUGUCAGCGGAAGAAAUUGCAUCAACGUGUUUUCAGCAAGGAUGGCUUCGACCUCCUUCCGCAGCCAUUGAACCAACGACUCUCAUCAACAAUGCCAUUCGAUCUUACCUCAAACGAUGUGAGAGAACAUCGCGUCACUGUCUUUUGGCCAAACAUCAAUUGGCUGGAUCAGUAGUCGAGCAAGUCCUUCAACCUGCUCUUCAUCCUGCCGCUUUCGAGGAUUCAGUGCGUCCGAAAGGGACGGUAUGGUUUCUGUGUGGAGGAAGUGGGAAGACUAAGUGGAAGAAUCCUUUUGAAGGCAUUGAAAUACCUAAAAUACCACAAAGAAAACCUGCACCGCCAAAGAAAAUACAACCUCAACCGUCAUCGCAAACACAGAAAGAUAAUAAGCCCGUUAAAAUGGACGAGAAGAAGACGAACAGUGCACAGAAGGGAAAGGGCAAGAUUCCAGUACCUGUAAAGAUUAGGCUAGUACUGAAUGGGACCGGUCCCCCUAUAGGAGGGGACGACGAUGUGUCGAGCGAAGUUGGAAGUAGCACAAGGUCGAGGAGCGUUAGUGUGGGGCAGGAAACCAUUGGUCUCGGACUCGCUCAACCGAUAUCUUUACCGCAAUCGAAACCCAUAAAACGAUCGAAACCACGUCGACCGAGGGAUUUGCUGGACUCCUCAUCGGAAAGUGAUACCAGUGAUUCGGAAGUCGAAUUUGAUAUUCCUGGACCUUCCCGACUCAUCAAAAGAACCACUUCCCUGCGCAAAGUACCACCACCUCUCUCAUUAAACGGAUCACCUCGCGUUCACAGCUCUUCCCGUCUUCCCUUACAUUCGCCUUUUAUGGACGUCUACUUCCCGUCACCAAUCAUCCCUACAUCACCCUUUCAACCUCACACUUCACCGUUCCCCUCGCACUCACUGGACAAUACCACAUGGACAGCGAGGCAUGAUCGACUGCAUCAUUUCGAGACGUCCAGUUCAAGCUCGGACGACGAGAUGCGUGAAACUACUUGGGGCUUGGACUCCGAGAUCUUGGUCAAAGCUAUUGAUGGGGACGAAGAAGAUAGACCAUCAUGGUCAAUGGACGAGGAUGAAACGAAGGUGAAAGAGGCAACGGAUGCUCUAAGAGUCCUUUUCCCUAUGUCAACUCCUGAAGAAGAAAUGGAUCUGGAAUCUAGGAUCAAAUUGAAUCAACUGGAUAACCGAUCUUCAUCUGUUUUCGAAUCACCCCUCAACAAUAUGUCCUCUUCAAUGAAAGGUCAGCUCAAAGCUGUCGAUGCGGGAGGAAUACCACUCAACGCAUGGAUCGCUAAUUCUUCCCCGUCUGCUUCCCCAAAGCUCCGCUCUUACAAACUUCUCGCUCCCCCGAUUGACGUCAGUCCCACGCAACAUCUUUCCAAGCUUAGGAGUUCUUUUGAUCCCGAAGAGAUGGAAGUAGAUGAAGAAGGACCUUGGUUAGAUGAAACCGGAGAAUUACCCAUAAAGGCAGAAGAUACUUUUUCAGAUGUCGAUCUUGGAUCAAACGUCGGCGAUGCUCCUACACCUGAACAUGAUCGACAUCUCCACACAGCGCUCUGGGCUCAAGAAGCUGCUGCUAUCAGAAUCAAGCAAGAACCUGAAGAUUACCCUUCUCCUGUGAAUACUGAUCCGGAUGAUCAAUCAGCGUCUGGGUACCGGGGUUCACGAGCUUCUUCGACCCCUUCCAGCGGAUCCUCGGAGCUACCACCUUUCGAGAUCGAGGUUGACAAUGGCAGGAUGGGAGUUGAUGAAGUUAUACUUGGACCUGAAAGUAUCAGUGUAGAAGAAUUAGAUGGGUGGCUGCCUGCUCAAUCAAAGGUCGAGAAAACCCCUCAUAGAGGUAGACCCCUGAAGAGCAGGAAUAACCAUUCCAGGUGCAGUGGAAAUUGGGGUGGUAUAGGUGUAUGUCAAGCACCUGCCAGUAUCGUCAAACAACCAGCUCGAACAAGAAGCAUACGAUCUAAUGCUACAGCUCGAAGAAGGCGAUCUUCACCUUUGACACCCAUCAUUAACCUACCAGAAAGACUUACGCCCGAAACAGACAUUGAUGUGGAAGGUGAUGAUGCGAUUGGAACGGCGGAUUUGGAGAAAGCUCGAGUCGAAGCUGAUGCAAGAGAAGAACAACAUCGUAAAGCAUGCAAAGAGAAAGCGGAACAACAGCGUGCCAUGAUGGAAGCAUAUCGACAAACAGUACAGGCUGAAGCUCUCGAUCAUCCAGAUUCUUCGCCCAGACCUUGGACCGAAGGGAGCAACAACGCUCCAUGGGGAACAGCUUCGACUGAAUCUUUACAAUUGUCUACACCUGGAGUACUUUCUCCCUUGUCACUCUUCAGCAUGUCAAAUUUAUCCCUGGGAACACCCAAUGAAGGCAUGUUCGCUGGUGUCGAUCCGAAGGCUUUGGUCAGUCCUCCUAUUCAAACUGGAUUUGGUUUCCCUUCGAUGGCAAUACAUCAAUCACCUCCACAAGGUCAUUGUGUGGACAUGAACAUGGGAAUGCUCGAUGCUGUUUUGAGCGAACAAGAAGUAGAAGCUAUCAUGGCGGCUACCGCCCCUGCUCCUGUUCCUGUCCUCGCUCCAUUGCCUCCAGCCAGCCUUGCUCCCCCGGCUCUUGCACUACCAUCGGUAUCGGCCAGUACAGUCGUUGUACCCAGUCGACCUAUAACACCAGCAUCAGCACCUCUUCCCUCCACUGUCACUACUCCCAACUCGAGAAAAGGUUCCUCAAACAAAGCUUCAGCAGCUGGGCUUUUGCCUAGUGUAAUCAAAGUAAAGGUACAAGCCACAGCUAUUCCCGUUACCACAUCCAUACCGAACGAGAAAGGAACCGCUAUGGUCGCUUUGCCAACUACUCUUCCAGCUGAAAUCACUCCUCAACCUGUAAUGCUCUCCACCCCGACUACUACCACCCCUCCAAACGAACCAGCAAAUCUCUCUAUGAAAACCACUCCUUCACCCACGUCCACAAUCUCCUCAACCCCCUCUAUGCCUCCUUCUACAGCCGGUGGUAAUGGUAAAUCAGGUGGCAAAAUUGCGACCAUCACCAAACCACUUUGCCCGGGCGUGGAUGCUUGUGUAGUGGACAAUAUCCCAGUUUACGCACAUCUGUUUGAAGGAAAACAAGGUCAAGGAAGACAAGUACUGCUGAGAAGGCUGGACACUGAUUUCGUCAACGCGAACGGUUUACUACUUGCUCUCGACGUUCCAGAAUCCAAACAUGCUGAAUAUCUUGAUCAUCCCGUAUCCACUGUCCGACUUGCAGCAAGACAUGUCAUACCGCCUACCAAUCCCGCAGCAGAGUACUCUCAAGGUGUCAGCGGUAUCUGGGUACAUCUAUCGGAGGCAAGGGAAUUUGCAAGAAGGGCUAAAUUGAAGGAAGGCAGUCUGCUGGCUAGCGUACUUAGGGAGGAUCUUUUCCAGCUGUUUGCUACUUUAGCAGGUUUGAAACCUGAUCAUCCACCUUCAGAAACAUUUGGAUUGCCAUUCGUACCACGACGACCUAUUUCCACAUCAUCAUCUUCGUCAUCGUUAAGUACCUCAUCUGCCAAUUCCAAAUCAACACCGAAUCUGUCUGCGUUAUCAACAUCCGCACCUUCUCAUCAAGUACAGGCGAAACAAAUGGCAGUCUCCAAUCCAUCCAGUACUACAUCUACCCCUAAAGGACCAUUAGUGAGAUCCGCUCCACCUACACCACCGGAAGGAUGUCCUCAACCGAAAAGACGAAGAGCGACUAUAUCAUCACCGUUAGCCAAGAAACCUGGUACCAUACCCAUUCAGCCGAUGACGCCAGUCUCAACAGCAAGUCACAAACAUCAAUUGAUAGCUCCAGCUCCUGGAAGUGUACCAGCGUCAUCCACAAGGAUGAGUGUCGCUGCUCAGAAACGAGCCACGAGAGCAAGUAUCAGUGGUUCAGUCGGUAGAGCGAAUCUCGCGAAGUGA